GCCAGACGAGUCGAGAAUUUCAAAUUCGCGUCGAGACUCCGAUAGCCAUCGGCACCUUAUCGCGUCGCUCACUUGAUCGAAAAUGUGGCCACUGCCAUAAAUCUCCUGCCGCCGAUCCAGCGAUAAGAGCUUGGUCAGGUUUCCCCAAAAAACGCGGCCCCUGUUCGUCAGUAGCACCGCGAUCGCCGUCAAGGGCGGACACAGCCGAUAUGUCCAUGUCCUGGUCAAAGACUUUCGUGGCAUUCACCGUCGCCUGGCUGAGCACUCUGUGCCUGCUCCCGGUGGAGACCUUCUGUGACACAUCCUACUACGAGAAGUACUAUGCGGCCCGACGGUACGUGCCGCUCAAGCGGAAUGCCCCGCUGCUUUUCAACUUCACGCUGACGCUUCCGGAUACAGCGGAAGCCCAGCUGGCGGCCUUCGAGCGCCCAGCACUGGUGGGCAACCUGCCCGUCUUGGGCGCCUGGCAGGCGGGGCAGGCAGUGCUCCUCAAUCGCACAGCCAAUCAUAAUGUGUGGACCGCAUCCGUGGAAAUCCCCCAGAACAGCAGUGUGGAAUACCGAUUCUUUGCGGCUGCAGUGGGUCAGAGUGGCGCCGUGCAGGUGCGUCGCUGGGAGUCGCAUGUCAUGGCCAGGUCCUUCAACACCACCAAGUUCCCUGGAAACCGCAGCGAUGAGUUCGGACUCAUUGGAACGGAGCGACAGUUGUCGCGUGGCUGGCUUCAGGACUCCGGCAGUAUCCUUCAACUGAAGGUGUUCCGCGACGUGCUGACUCUGGAGGAGCAGCCGGAGGAGGGACGCGGCCAUCUGCGUUUGCGAUUGCAACCCGUGGAUCCAAAGACUCUGGCACCCAUCCUGAGCUCGGCUCGCGCCAAUGUGGAAUACGUGCGAAUGACCUACGGGGACAGCAAGCUGCGGGUCCAGCCAGAGUACGGAGUGCCCUUCUCCGCCGCAGAUAUCCUUAUGUUUCACGUGGGCCUGGAACAGCUGGAGCAAGUGGCCUAUCUGGUGGAAGUCUAUGCCGAGCAGCCCGAGGAUAGCCUGGUCCGUCUGCUGGGCUACGCUCAUUUGCAUCCCACUUCCCUGUCCGGCAGCGAGGGUACCGUUUCCGUCACCCUGAUCUCUCCGCUCUGGCAGCGAGUGGUGGGCGUACUCAGACUGGAAUACCUGCUCAUCCGACCCAUGGAACAGGACGGCUUCGACCUGCGCACCAGCUUCGCCAACUAUUGGCGAAGCAACUGGACGGCUCUGGAGAUCGGCCACCGGGGACUGGGCAAGAGUCUUACGGUAACCUCGAAUGCGGCUCCCCUGAUCGAGAACACAGUGGCCUCGAUGCUGGCUUCCGCCGAGCUGGGAGCGGACCUUGUGGAGUUUGAUGUCCAGCUCACCAGCGAUCUAGUGCCCAUCAUCGCCCAUGACUUCUCUAUUCGCGUGUGCAUCGACUCUAAGACGCCAACGAGCCGUGAUGACUUGACCGAAGUGCUGCUGAAGGACAUCACCUAUGAGCAGCUGAAGGAGCUUAAGACCUAUCAGAUUGUGGGCAACAAAAUUGUGGAGUAUCCAGCCCACAACAACGUGGAACCGCCGGAACAACGUCUCUUUCCCACACUGCAGGACUUCUUUGAACGCGUGAACCUAACCACCGGCUUCGACAUCGAGAUCAAGUGGCCCCAGCAGAAAGCGGAUGGCCAGUUCGAGAGCGAGCAGACGAUAGACAAGAACCUGUUUGCGGACCGCAUCCUGGCGGUGGUGCGACGAUACGGCUGCGGAAGGCUCAACGUUAUAAAGAGCUUCGACGCGGACCUGUGCUCCCUGCUCCGCUUCAAGCAGCACAUGUAUCCUGUGCUCUUCCUCUCCAGCAGCAAGGAGAACGCCUUCAGCGAUCCCCGCACCAGCAACGUGGAGCAAAGUGUAAACUUUGCCCAGGCUCUCGAUUUGGGUGGGGUUUCGCCCAAUGCAGUCUUCUUCAAGACGGAUCCUUUGUUGGUGCAGCGGUGCAGGGCCCAGGUUCCCAUUGUCCUGCUCUGGGGCUCGGACCUUAAGGAUCGGAACUCCAUUGACUCGUUCCUUCAGCAAGGACCCACUGGUGUUAUCUACGACAGGCUGGACCUCUGGAUAGGCGCCAAUCGGACGAGUGCCUUUGAGGCGGAGGAGGACCUGCCGGGCUACUUCCAGCUGCAGUGCGAUCCUGUGGCCAAGGAGCGCGAAGUGAACUCCACCAUCGAGAGCAUCCUGAGUAACGUUAACCUCCUGUAGAACCAAAGAUCUGUAACCUAAACAAAAAAAUAAUAUCUAUGCUAAGCAAAUAAACGUGAUGAAAAUAAUGAAAAGUUUUGUUCAAGAAGAAAG